UCAGCUCGGCUCGCAGGUUUCCCCGCGCGCACCCGGACUGCGCCCCCGCCCUCCGGGAGCAGCUGCGGCAGCAGCAGCAGCAGCAGCAGCAGCAGCGGGCAAGCCCCUCCCUCCAUCCCGCAUCAGUGAGACGACAUGGGCCCGGGGACCACCUGCCCGUACAGGGGCCCCCUGUCUCGCCCCCAGGUGUCGACCUGGAUCGAGCCCGUGGUGGCCUCCACCCAGAUGGCCACCUCCCUCUACGACGCGGGGCUGCUCCUCGUGGUGAAGGCAUCUUUCGGAGUCGACGUCUUGUCCAACCACAGCGCCAGCCCAUCGCCCCAGGGGACUCUAGAGAACCAAGAGCAGAGAGCCAUCUCCAAUUUCUACAUCAUCUACAACCUUGUGAUGGGGCUGACACCCCUGCUGUCGGCCUAUGGGCUGGGCUGGCUCAGCGACCACUACCACCGCAAGAUCUCCAUCUGCAUGCCUCUGCUGGGCUUCAUGCUCUCCCGCUUCGCGCUGCUGCUCAAGGUGCUGCUGGACUGGCCCGUGGAGAUGCUCUACGGGGCGGCGGCGCUGAACGGGCUGUGCGGUGGCUUCUCGGCGUUUUGGUCGGGGGUCAUGGCCCUGGGAUCCCUCGGCUCCUCGGAGGGCCGCCGCUCCCUGCGCCUCAUCGUGAUCGACUUGAUCCUGGGCUUGGCGGGAUUCUGCGGGAGCAUGAUCUCUGGGCACCUCUUCAAUCAGAUAGUCGGGCACUCCAGCCAGGGCCUGGUGCUGACCGCCUUCAGUGUGAGCUGUGCCACCUGUGCCCUUUUCUACAGCCUCUUGGUGCUGAAGGUCCCUGAGUCCAAGGCCAAGCCCAGCAAGGCUGUGGAUACGGUGUCUGGCACAGUCUGCACCUAUAACACCCUGGAUCCUGAUCCGACAGACAAGCAGAGUGUGACGAGGCACCCUUCAUCUCCUGCAAUAGCAAAGCCCAAGAAAACCAUUAUUGCUCUGCUCUUUGUGGGUGCCAUCAUAUAUGAUCUGGCAGUGGUGGGCACAGUGGACAUGAUGCCCCUUUUUGUGCUGAGGGAGCCUCUGAGUUGGAACCAAGUGCAGGUGGGCUAUGGUAUGGCUUCAGGGUACACCAUCUUCGUCACCAGCUUCCUGGGCGUCCUGGCCUUCUCCCGCUACUUCCAGGACACCACCAUGAUCAUGAUUGGAAUGGUCUCCUUUGCGUCUGGAGCCCUCCUCUUGGCUUUUGUGAAAGAGACAUACAUGUUCUACAUUGCUCGGGCCGUCAUGCUGUUCGCUCUCAUCCCCAUCACAACCAUCCGAUCGGCAAUGUCCAAGCUCAUCAAGGGCUCCUCUUACGGAAAGGUGUUUGUCAUCCUGCAGCUGUCCCUGGCUCUGACCGGGGUGGUGACAUCCACCAUGUACAACAAGGUCUAUCAGCUCACCAUGGAGAAGUUCGUCGGCACCUGCUUUGCACUAUCCUCCUUCCUCUCCUUCCUGGCCAUCAUCCCGAUUGGCAUCGUGGCCUAUAAGCAAGCCGCGUGGUUGCAGCAUGGAGACAUCGCAGAGAAAGAAAGGUGCUGAACUGCGGGAGCCGGAAACACCAGCAAUGGCUGGGCCCCC